AUGGAGCCUCUGGGUGCCGUAGCUGCAGUUUUGCAGUUAACCGGAGUCGUGAUGCAAGGUUUGAAAACAGUCAACGAUGUAUAUCAGGGAUUUAAAAACCAAGAUCAGACAUUGAAAGAAUUGUACGAGGAAAUUCAACAAAUGCGAUUACAUCUCAUAUCGUUCGAGAACAUCGUUCUAAAAGCAUCGAACUCGGGAGUACCAUUACCUGAUGGAAUGAGCCUUGAUGAUGUCAGAGCUACUCUAAGCAAUGCAAAAAAAACGUUACAGAUCCUUCGGUAUAUCUUUGACUACAUCAAGAAUACAGCUGAGCGUGGUGGCGGCAGAAUAAAGGCUCGGCUACGCGUGGGCUUGGCUUGGGAGAAGAGUGCUCCUACUAUAGAACACCUCCGGAAACGGAUGUCGACAUUUGCAACAAUGAUGCAAACCCCGACGAUCCUUUUGGGAAUAGAACUCAAUGAGUACAGGAUGAAUUCGUACAAGGAUCAGGGCGAGGUCCUCACAGACCACGUCCUGAACCUCGAAGACAGGAUCGAUGAACUGCGUCGCGAUGCUGAGGAUAUACAGAUACGACCAAACGAUUUCAACCUACCAUGGGUGGAUGGACAGCAAGCGAUGACAACAAUGCAAGACAGCAAAGAGCUGGCUUGUUUAGCUGGUAAAGUGCUCUCGAGUGCAACGACUGUUGGAAAGUCUCUCGAUAGCGAACCCGAAUUAAACAGUCGGAAACAAAAUCGAGACACCCGCUACCAAGAUCAUGAUGGGCACCAAGGAUCUCCUAAUUCAAAUUCUCAUUCAUCAAGUGUAUACAACUCAGUGUUGAAAGCGACUGCUACCAUGUCUCUCAUUGGGGUGCCAUUGUCUUCGAGGCAGAAAGACAAUAUUUUCAAUUGGCGGGACAAUGUUAUCGCAGAAGAAAGCGAUGCAGGAAACCCCUCUGUCUUGAACUCUGGAAGCACGAAAGGUCACAGGCAGAUCCUGACUGCCCAACCGUCAGGUCCCUGUAAUGAACCAAAUACGGUGUCAGAAGCAGCCGCACAUCUCAUUACUUUGGACCUUGAGGACCUUUGCUCCAGAGUCGCAGUGGUCUUCAUGAAAAGAAUGGGUAACAACAAAGCCCUUCAGUGGAUACGGGACAUGAGGCAGCAGCUUCUGCAAAGUGGCCACCUGGAUAUAGCAAAGUCUUCCGCGAAUAAAGAUGCUCGGCUUGUUCUCCAGGCCAUAUUUCGCACAAAUCCGGAAUCUACUAACAAGCCAAAUUCAAAUCCAUUUGUUUCGUCUCCAUCGCUCAUGGACGUCCGUUUCAACGAAGGAAAAAAGCUCUAUGAGCGCGGGAACCUUAUCACAGCUGCUCCGCUUUUGAUUCUCUUCGCCCGUGAUCAGAGAAGUAGAAAUGAAAUAUCUGGGGCCUACAAGGGCAUAUCACAUGCCUGUCGACCCGAGACGGAUCGAAGCCUUCUUUGUGGAAAGCUCCUGUGUCAGAUGGAUCCUUUCUCCUACUACGGUCCUAGGAGUCUUGUUUGCUCUCGAUGCAAAGGAAAGUCAGCAUGGCCAUACUUGCCCAUGCUAUUUGCUCACCUGGCUCUACACAAAUAUUCUCGUGGAGCAAUUCGAUUGCCAAGAGGCUUCCAACAUCAUGCAGAGCUUGCUAUUUCGGAAUGCUAUUCGGUGUUAGGUCACCUGGCAGAGGAUAAGCUAGGCACGUUGGCUGUCGCCUCGGCAGUCAUGCAAUUUAUGCGAGAAAGGAACGCAACAUUUUGUAUCAACAACGCGCCACUAGGACUUGACAUGACUUGGGCAGGAUCCCUUCCUUACUUCAUGUCACAGCAGGAAUUAAUGCUUGAUCUAGCCAAGACAUGCCCCAAAAGGUCAGCGGAUGUAGGAGAGAAGUUACUAAAGCAACAUUAUCGCAGGAUCGACUUCUUCCACGAACUCGAUGAUAGGACAGAUCCACCGGCACUCUACGAACGUAUCCAUGAGAUGCUUAUCAAAAACGGAGGCAAGCUUUGGCGACGACAGGAAGACCUACCACGCAACAACACACAAACCCGGUUUCCUGUACUUGAGCUACUCGUGACCUCAACCCCUCGUCUGCAAUGGGGAGUUUUUGGUGCAGCCGAUGAAAUAGAAUAUCUUAUGGAAAGGAUUCUUAGCGAAGACUCAUCGUUUGGCUGGGAUUUAGAUGAGCUCUCAUGCCUAAUCCGAAUGGCAAUUCUUGCUGGUAAUCCUAUGGCGGUUUCGAUUCUGAUAUGGAGCCAAAGAGAGAGCAAUACUGGCCCGAUAUUCACCUUUUGA